AUGGAGUCGAAACCGUCAACGAACAACUUCGCGAUGAAGAUUCAGCCUAAAGAAAACCACGUGGAAGAUGGGGCUGCUUUUCGCAGUGAAAACAAAAUUAUUUGCACGACGGGCAAAGGCGGCGAAUUUAUGAACCUGGGCAACGGAAGCCUCGAACCAUCGCAUAGCUGGGGAGGAGUGGUGCUGCUGUUGGCUCUCGGUGUUGGGGUUGGGGUGUCGGGGUCAAGACUGGGGUUGUCCUGGGUGAUGUUGGAGGAACAUUACCCCAAAUACAAGACUGCUUGUCGCACCCCGUACCCCUCCAUUGGGUAUGAGGCUCUUGGCAGGCCUGGCAAACUGCUGGUGGUGGUGGCACAGAACCUGACGCUGGUGGGGGUGACGACGGUGUUCCUGAUCCUGUCAGGGGACAUCCUGCAAGCGCUGCUGGGGGAGCACGCGCCCCUGGUCUUCUCCUCGCACUGCUACUGCACGCUGCUCGUGGGGGGGCUGCUAGUACCCCUGUCCUGGCUCGGCACGCCUAAGGACUUCUGGCCCACGGCGAUCGUUGCCAUGGCGACAACAAUAAUAGCUGUUUUCGUGGUCGUCAUCAAGCUCAUCGUUGAUGCUCCCACGAUUGAAGUCAAAGAAAAUAACGGUACAAGUUUUCGUUCGUUUUUCCUGGGGUUCGGAACAAUACUCUUCUCGUUUGGAGGAGCGGCAACUUUCCCUACCAUACAAAAUGACAUGAAAGACCGGUCCAAAUUUCCUCAGAGUGUCGCCAUUGCUUUUCUAGUGUUGCUGCUGAUGUACGUGCCCAUCUCUACGGUGGGGUACGCCGUAGUAGGAGAGGAGGUACCAGGCAACAUCCUACGGGCAGUGAGCGGCUACGCUGUGCAGGUGACACAGGCUCUCGUCCUGCUGCAUCUCCUUACAGCCUACGUCAUCCUGGUCAACCCCGUCACCCAAGGACUCGAGGAAGCCCUCAACAUCCCCAGGAGGUUUGGAUGGAAACGGUGCGUAGUGCGCACUCUCUUGGUGCUUCUCGAGAUCGUCGUCGGUCUCGCCAUUCCGGAUUUCGGUAAAAUUCUGGAUUUAGUCGGCGCCUCAACAGUGACGCUAAUGUCAUUUGUCCUGCCUCCUAUCUGCUACCUCCGCCUCUCCGACUCCUUAGAUGCUAGAGGAGAGGCAUACAGGUUCGUACCAUUCUUCGAGAGAAUCAUUCUGUACGUGGUGAUGGUGGCCGGGCUCAUGGGCGGUGUGAUCGCCACAUGGAGCGCCAUAGUGAACAUCAGCACACCAUCCUCAGGGCCAGACAGCUGCUUUUUCUGAUCAGGCAUAUUUCCUUAAGGAUAAUUUCUGUCUCUUUAAUUUAACUUAAUAUCUAUUAUAUCUAUUAAA